UGUGCGUUACAUAUAAUUUCUUUUAUUUGUUACAUCUAUUUUUGUAAACACCAUGGCAACAAACAAUUCUUUGACGAUUACAAUUAUUUUCCUCAAAAUAUUAUGAAAGUAGACAUCGUAUGUCUUUAGAAAAUAAUCAAUACGCUCAAAUCAAAUUUAAAGUAAUGCCUAUCAUCGUGAAAGAUUUUUCUUGGUGGCAAACUGAAAGUAAAUUGUUUUUACAAAUAAAAAUUCCACAUAUCUCUCAGAAAAAUGCUGAUAUUCUUACAUCUAAUAAAUAUUUAAAAAUUAGCUGUUUACCGCAUAUUUUUGAAGCAAUUUUUUGGGAUGAAAUUAAUGAAGAAUGUAGUAAGUGCACUUUUGAUGAUGGAUGUGUUUUAUUUGAGUUACAAAAGAAGAACAGCGUUAAUUGGGAAAAUUUAACGCUCAAGAAAUCAAAAGAGGAGCUAAAAAAGUUAAAAUGUGAAAUUUUAAAUAACAUCAUUGAAGAACAACAGAAUAAAUAUCAAAAAAAGUCUAUUCUAAAAACAGAACGAGACCGAUUAGCUGUCAAGGAACAAAUAAAUUUCGAAAACAAAGAACAUCAACUUAUUCAAAGUAUUCGUGACGAAGAGAAAAAAAAAGUUUUGAAAGAGUUGAGUACGUGGAAAUCAAAAACAGAAAUUAUACAUGAUCAAAAAAAAAAUGAGAAAAUUAAAAAAGAUAUUUUUUCAACCGAUGAAACGAUUAAGAUCUACGAGAUAGAAAACGAUCCAAAUGAAUUUAUAAAUCAAUUGCCAAGUCCUAGAAAAUUUAAAACAAUCGAGAUUAAUUUCACUCCGAGACACUUUACUACUCCGAGUAGAGAAUCGACUAAAGCUGACGAACAAGAGUGGUUAAAAAAGCAGACUGCUGCCAGAAGGGCUGCAGGGUUUGUGGAAGAAGACUUAAGACCAGAAGAACAUGAUCCGGAAUGGUGUUUACAAAAAGGAAAUACAUUUAUGACAGAACUAAAUUACAUCGGAGCCGUGAGUGCUUAUUCGCAUGGGAUUAAGUUGAGCCCAAAAAUGGCUAUAUUGUAUUUGAACAGAUCUAAAGCGCAAUUUCAAAUGAAAAACUAUCACAAAGCUGUCGAAGAUGCAACGACU